AUGGGCAGUUUCGAACCGCAUCGUCCCACGAUCCAAACUGACGGCGGAGAUUUCCCAGCGCUUCUGGCAUCUGGGUCGCGAACUACUCCGUCAGAUCCGACACCUUCUCUCCUCGCCUCUCCUCGUCUCGACGCGCGCGACAGAGACAGGGGAAGAAAGCCCAAAACCCUAGUCCUCGUCGCCGGCGGCGAGAUGGCCGUCAACGAGGAAACGUCCGUCUACGUAGGCGGCCUGCCCUACGACGCCGACGAGGAUAUGCUCCGCAGCUACUUUGGGCCCUGCGGCACCAUCGUCUCCGUCAAGGUGAUAAAUGAUCAGAGAAUCAGGGGCAAGUGUUAUGGGUUUGUUACUUACACUCAACAUAGGGCUGCUCAGCGUGCUAUCUUGGAGAUGGAUGGCAAGCAAAUAGGUAAUCGUGCUGUGAGAGUAAAUGAAGUGCGUACAAGAGGCAACACCCGUGAUUUUGGGCGUGAUGGCUUCCGACGGGAUCCUGUAAGAGAUGGAAGGGAUGUAUACUGGGACCGAAGGGAUAGGGAGAGGAGUUAUGAUCGUCACCGGGAUAGAGAUCCUUACCAUGACAGGGAUAGUGAUAGACCUCGUGACCAUGACAGAGACAGAUAUGAUGAACGUGGGGGAUUUGAUCAUGAAAUGGACUAUUCCAUGGAUCGAGAUCAUGAAGGAGAUGAGAGGCGUGCUAGAGACCUUUAUCGAGGUGACCAUGAUCGUCCAGUGGAGACACGUAUGGACUCCGAUAAUGACAGAGACAAGGAAAAUUCAAAAGGCUAUGAUAGUGAAAGAGAUAAAGAAGACAAGGAACAGCCACCAAGGAAAAGGUUCAGCCGUCCAAAGGGUCGUGAGAGCAGAGAUAUAUCAAGUUCCAGUGAUGAGCUUCGGAAUGAUGCAAAACAUCAGCUGGACAAGGCCAUUCAGAUGCACGAGGACCUUGAAAAUGAGGUUUCUCAGAUUAGAGAUAAAGUUACAAGCAAAGAUCACCACAUUGCAGAUUUGCAAAAGAAAUCUCAGAAACUAGAGGAUGAAUUGGCUGCUGCGCGGAAAGUUUCUUCAGAGCGACAAUUGACUGUCACAAAGCUGUACAAAAGUUUUCUUCAACUUCAAGACUACAAUGACAGGGCCAAGACCGCAGAAGAGGAUCUCAAGGCUCUGGUUGAUUCUGCGAUGGCUGAGGUGGACAUGGCUGAAGACGCUACAACCAAAGACGGUUCAGGGUAUGAGAACGGCAUGGCCUGA